GGGGAGAGAUCCAAAGGUGACGGCCCUUUGACAACCAGGACCUUGAAUUCGGAAAAGCUGGUUUGGGCAUUUCUGGCAAGUGCUGUUCUGCCCGCCCAGCUCUCUGCCUCUGCCCUCUGCGUGCUGCUCCUCUGGGUCAGUGGAUCUUGCGCCUCAAGACCAGUCCGGAAGCAGCAAGGAGAGGAAGAUUGUCCACAAACAAGCAGGUUUGCAAGAAGAGGUGCACUUCCUGGCAAGAAAGAGAAGGAAAAAACAGGUGUUCCCAGAACACCUGGAGGAGCAGGGGAGGUUCAGUGUAUCUGCAGCUGCAUCAGAGCCUGCCAGCUGUAGCUGCAGAAUCCUCCUGGACGUGGAGCACGUCUCUGGACCAGAGCAAGCCAUCUCUGCUAGUGUCCAGACCUUCGUCCUAGCAUGGGCCGCACUCGGGAGGCUGGCUGUGUGGCUGCUGGAGUGGUAAUCGGGGCUGGUGCCUGCUACUGCGUGUACAGACUGACCUGGGGAAAAGAUGAGAGUGAGAAAAUGUGGGAUGAUGAUGACGACGAUGACGACGAUGACGAUGAAGAUGAGGAGGAGUCUAGUGAUAUUUCAGAAACUGGGGUUGUGACUGGGGAAGGAGCUAAUGCAGGGGCAGAAGCCGGAGCUAAACUUCAGAGUGACUCACGGCCUAAGGCUGAGGUGGGUGUAGAACUUGAGAGCGGUCCAGCUGUAAAGGUGGAGGUCCAUUCCGGAGUCCAGAGCGGAGGUGGUCUAGAGGCCAAGGCCAAGGCCCUUUUCAGCAGUCUGAAGGAACAGGCGAGCGCCAAGGCUGGCAGAGUGUCCAGGUUGGGUACCAUCUCUGGGACCAGGACCCUUGCACCAAGUUUACCCUUCCCAGGUGGCCGGGGUGGAAGCUGCCACCCCACCAAGAAUGGGGCUAGGGCUGGAGGCAGGACAAGUGGAAAAUCCAAGGGAAGGGCCCGAGGUAAGAGCACGAGGACUCCAGCUACAGCAUGGCCUGUUCGCAGGGGCAAAUUCAACUUUCCCUAUAAAAUUGAUGAUAUUUUGGGUGCGACUGACCUUCAAAAGGUCCUUAACAUCCUGGAAAGAACAAAUGAUCCUUUUAUUCAAGAAGUAGCCUUGGUCACUCUGGGUAACAAUGCAGCGUAUUCAUUUAACCAAAAUGCCAUUCGUGAAUUGGGUGGUCUCCCAAUUAUUGCAAAAAUGAUAAAAACGAGAGAUCCAAUUAUCAGGGAAAAGGCUUACAAUGCCCUUAAUAACCUGAGUGUCAACGCUGAAAAUCAGGGCAAGAUUAAGACAUAUAUCAGUCAAGUGUGUGAUGACACUAUGAUCUGCCGAGUGGACUCAGCUGUGCAGAUGGCUGGACUGAGACUCCUAACCAACAUGACUGUGACUAAUCAUUACCAACAUUUGCUUUCUUAUUCUUUUCCAGACUUUUUUGCUUUGUUAUUUCUGGGAAAUUAUUUCACCAAGAUUCAGAUUAUGAAACUAAUUAUAAACUUUACUGAAAAUCCAGCCAUGACAAGAGAGCUGGUCAGUUGUAAAGUCCCAUCAGAACUGAUUUCCCUCUUUAACAGGGAAUGGGACAGAGAGAUUCUUCUCAAUAUCCUCACCCUAUUUGAGAAUAUAAAUGACAACAUAAAAAGUGAAGGGCUUGCAUCAUCCAGGAAAGAAUUCAGCAGAAGUUCCCUUUUUUUCUUAUUCAAAGAAUCUGGAGUGUGUGUUAAGAAAAUCAAAGCGUUAGCAAAUCACAAUGAUCUGGUGGUGAAAGUAAAAGUUUUGAAAGUAUUGACCAAACUCUAAUGCGGGUCCAGCCCAAGCAAUAUCACAGUGAUAUUUUAGUUUGCACUUGGAAACAAUGUAUUUUGUAAGUUCUUUGAUUUUCACUGUGCUUAUAUGGCAAAGAGGUCAUUUUAGCUGCUGUUUUGGAAUAUCACAGGUCAUCGGCAGCAGUACUGGUUGCGACAACUGGCUUUAGGCUGAACUAUUCUAAGGAGGCCCCAUGAACACUAGAGCUUGUACAAAGGACGCAUACAAUGAUUCCACCUUGCUAUCUAGAUUGAGAUAUUUUUACUCUUUCCUCUACUUAAACUGACAGCAAACUAAUCAUGAAUAAGCUACACUUUUGUAUUGGUUUACAUUUGUUAAUCUAAGACUUGUGCUUCAUCAAUAAAGUUGUGCAUUUUAAGCAGAAAAAAAAGACCUGUCUUUCUC